AGGGGGGUGCCGGACCGUCCACGCCCAGGGCGGCGGGCGCCUGCUGACGGAUCGCCGCGUGGGCCCUCCCCCUGGGCCCGCGAGCGGGAGGAGGAGGGCUUAUCUGGCGGCGGCGCGGGCGGCCAGGGCAUUGCGCGCGGGAGGGGGAGCCGCACGCGACCCGCGGGGACCGGAGCCUCCGCCGCGCCGUCCGCGCCCUCCGCCCGCCGCCCGUCCCGCGCGGCCUCGCCCGGCGCAUCCGCACAGACAUGCACCGGCGGCCGGGCGGCCCCCGCGGCCGCGCCGCCCUCGCGCCGGGGCUCUGAGCGCGGGCCGCCCCCAUGAGCACCGAGCGCUGAGCCGCCGGACGCACCGGCCGCCGCCAUGCGCUGGGCCUGGGCCGCCGCCCUGGGCCUCCUCUGGCCGCAGCUCGCGCUCCUCGGCGCCGUCGGGGCGCGGCGGGAGCAGAAGCGGCCGCGGCAGCCGGGUCCGCGCGCCGAACCCCGCAACGCCACCGCGGCCGGCAGCGAGGGCCCGCCCGGGCCCCCCAAGCUGCCCGAGGCCUCGGGGCCCGAGUUCUCAGAUGCCCACACCACGUGGCUGAACUUCGUCCGGCGGCCGGAUGACGGGGCCUUGAAGAAGCGGUGCCGAGGCCGGGACAAGAAGUCGCGAGGCCUCUCUGGCCCCCCCGGCCCCCCCGGCCCCCCGGGACCCCCUGGGCCCGCGGGCGCGGAAGUCACCCGGGAGGUUCUGCUGCAGGAGUUUCAGGAGAUGCUGAGAGAGGCCGCCGAGCGCCGGUUCGCGGGGGCAUGGGGCUCGCUGCUGCCCGAGGGGCCGGGCCGGCGGCUGGUGGCCGAGGCCUUCCACUGCCGGCUGCGGGGCCCGGUGCCCGUGGACAAGAAGACGCUGGUGGAGCUGCAGGGCUUCCAGGCCCCCACCGCCCAGGGCGCCUUCCUGCGGGGCUCGGGCCUGAGCCUGGCCUCCGGCCGAUUCACCGCCCCGGUCGCCGCCAUCUUUCAGUUCUCGGCCAGCCUGCACCUGGACCACAGGGGCCUGCAGGGCCGGGCGCGGGCCCGGGACACGGUGCGGGUGCUCGUCUGCAUCGAGAGCCUGUGCCAUCGCCACACGUCGCUGGAGGCCGUCUCGGGGCUGGAGGGCAGCGGCAGGAUCUUCACGGUGCUGGUGCAUGGGCUGCUCCAGCUGCAGGCCGGACAGUACGCCUCCGUCUUUGUGGACAACGGCUCUGGGGCGCCGCUCACCGUGCAGAGCGGCUCCAGCUUCUCCGGCCUCCUGCUGGGCGCCUGAGGACGGCCGGCGCCCGUCCGCGCUGCCCUCUGUGCCAAGUGUGGUCACGCAAUAAAGAGCCCCAGCCCG